UAAUCAUUCUGGUGCCCUCUGCUUUAUAAUGCCCAUCCUGUUUUUCCCACCACCCAACAGUUCUCAAGAACCUGCGCAAAAUGAACGCUCUCCUCCUCCCUCCACCCUUAUCCACCACCAACCGCUUCCUCCGCCACCGGAACCUCUACCAACCACUGCCACAAUCGCUCUCCUCCUCUACCUUUCACAUAAGCCACUCACAUCUCCGUGCAUCACCCUCCUUUUCCUCUUCCCCCUUCUUAUCCGAAGAUGACACGAUUACACAAGAUGCCGUCGUUUCCCUCUACCCCCACCGCAGGUACGACUUCUCUCCCCUCCUCCAGUUCCUCUCCACCUACAAUUCGGACUCCGAAACAUCCGAUUCCAACUCACCCACGUCACUCGACCAGACCGAGCUACGGCUCGCUGAGUCAUACCGAGUAGUCCCAGGUCCACUAUGGCACUCCCUUCUCAAAUUCCUGACAUCUUCUUCAACAUCCUCUUUCGAAAUCGCAUACGCCCUCGUUACUUGGCUCCAGAAGCAUAAUCUCUGUUUCUCAUAUGAACUGCUCUACUCAAUUUUAAUCCAUGCCCUCGGACGCUCCAAGAAGCUAUACGAAGCUUUUUUGUUAUCUCAGAAACAAACGAUGACUCCCAUUACGUAUAAUGCACUGAUUGGUGCAUGCGCGCGUAACGAUGAGUUGGAGAAAGCCAUCAAUUUGAUGAACAGGAUGCGGCGGGAAGGUUACCAAUCAGAUUUUGUGAAUUACAGCUUAAUUAUUCAGUCUUUAGUUCGUAGUAAUAAAAUUGAUUCAGUGUUGUUGGAGAAAUUGUACGCUGAAAUGAUAUCAGAUGCUAUCGAGCUAGAUGGGCAAUUGUUGAAUGAUAUAGUUUUAGGGUUUGCUAAAUCAGGUGAUGUCGAUAGAGCUAUGUACUUCUUAGGUGUGAUUCAAGGGAAAGGGAUGAACCCAAGAACCUCCACUGUCGUCUCUUUGAUUUUGCAGUUGGGGAAUUUGGGUAGAGCCGAGGAGGCGGAAGCCAUUUUUGAAGAAAUUAAAGAAGGUGGAGUGAUACCCAGAACCAGAGCUUACAAUGCUGUGUUAAAAGGGUAUGUUAAAAAUGGUAGCUUGAAAGAUGCAGAGUCAAUAGUAAGUGAAAUGGAGAAAAAUGGGGUUUCACCUGAUGAUCAUACAUAUAGCCUUUUGAUUGAUGCAUAUGGGAACGUGGGUAGAUGGGAAAGUGCAAGAAUCGUGUUGAAAGAGAUGGAAUCCAACAAUGUAAAGCCAAACUCAUUAGUUUUCAGUAGGAUUUUAGCAAGUUAUCGUGACAGAGGUGAGUGGCAAAAAACAUUUAAAGUAUUAAAAGAGAUGCAGAAAUGUGGAGUAAAGCCAGAUAGACAAUUCUAUAACGUUAUGAUCGAUACAUUUGGAAAAUACAAUAUCCUUGAUCAUGUAAUGGCAACAGUGGAACGAAUGAAAGUUGAUGGGAUUGAGCCAGAUACUGUAACAAUGAACACACUCAUAGAUUGUUACUGUAAAUCAGGGGAUCACAAGAAAGCAGAGAACCUGUUCGAUGAAAUGCAGCAAAGAGGGUGUUUACCUUGUACAACCACUUAUAACAUAAUGAUCAAUUCAUUUGGGCAACAGGAGAAAUGGGUUGAUGUUAAACACUUGUUGGGAAAGAUGCAGAGUGAAGGUUUGUUGCCAAAUGUUGUUACUUAUACUACACUGAUUGAUGUAUAUGGAAAAUCAGGGAGAUAUACAGAUGCAAUUGAGUGCUUAGAGGUGAUGAAGUCUGCUGGUUUGAAGCCAUCAUUGACCAUGUAUAACGCCUUGAUUAAUGCCUAUGCACAAAGGGGUUUAUCAAAUCAAGCAGCUAAUACGUUUAGGAUCAUGACAAGUGAUGGUUUGAAGCCGAGUAAUUUAGCUCUAAAUGCAUUAAUCAAUGCAUUUGGUGAAGAUAGAAGAGAUGUUGAAGCCUUUGCAGUUUUACAAUACAUGAAAGAAAAUAGUGUGAAACCGGAUGUUGUCACAUACACUACUCUAAUGAAAGCUUUAAUUCGCGUGGAGAAAUUUAGUGAGGUUCCACGUGUAUAUGAGGAAAUGGUAUCAUAUGGGUGCACUCCAGAUGGGAAAGCUAGGGCUACACUAAGGUCUGCUUUGAGGUCAGCUAACAGAAAAACCUCAGACUUAAUCACAUGUGACACGAGGUAUAUAUAUCGACUUUUAAGGAUGUGAGCUCAUGGGUCGUUUAAAAUGAUGUGAAGGAGUGAAUUAUACAAAAAUUUGGGUACUUUGUAUUGAACACCAUGAUGCAUACGAGGUUUGUGUACUUUUGUGUUAUAUUUGCACAUACCAAGGUUUUAGUGUAAUCAUGUAAAUGUACACUAGUUACAAGAUAUAACGUUUUACUAGUUAACAAUGAUUAUAAGAUAUUGGCGAU